UUGAGAAAGAGAUUAAGAAAGACGGUAUUCCGAUGCUGGAUACUGGAGAUAAUCCAGAUGCACCUGCUCCCAGAGAGAUGAUUGACCUUGAGGCAACAUUUGAAAAACUGGAAAACGAGAUGAAAGAGGUGAACACAAAUGCAGAAGCACUUAAGAGGAACUUCCUUGAGUUGACGGAAUUGAAGCACAUUCUCCGUAAGACGCAGGUCUUCUUUGACGAGGCCGCCUUCCUUCAAUCUGCCCAGAUGCAUGACCAGCCGAAGUCCGAGGAAGCACAGAACUUGCUAGGGGAGGAGGCUACACGUGCCGGUGGUCAGCCCUUGAAACUGGGCUUUGUUGCUGGCGUCAUACUGCGAGAGAGAAUUCCGGCGUUCGAGAGGCUGCUGUGGCGAGCUUGCCGCGGUAACGUCUACCUCAAGUUUGCUGACAUUGAAACUCCCCUGGAAGACCCAGUCACUGGUGACCAGGUGAACAAGUGUGUGUUCAUCAUCUUCUACCAAGGUGAACAGCUGAAGUCCAGAGUGAAGAAGAUCUGUGAAGGAUUCCGAGCUACGCUGUACCCAUGCCCUGAAACACCAGCCGAACGCAGAGAGAUGGCCAUUGGAGUCAUGACUCGCAUUGAGGACUUACAGACUGUGUUGGGCCAGACACAGGACCAUCGUCAUCGCGUGCUGGUCGCUGCCGCCAAGAACAUCAAGGUGUGGUUCAUCAAGGUUCAGAAGAUCAAGGCCAUCUACCACACGCUGAAUCUAUUCAACCUGGAUGUGACUCAGAAAUGUCUGAUCGCCGAGUGCUGGUGUCCCGUCGAGGAGCUAGAGAAGAUUCAGUUGGCCCUGCGUCGGGGAACAGAGCGGAGCGGAUCAAAUGCACCAUGCAUUUUAAACCAGAUGACGACGAAUGAAAGCCCGCCAACCUACAAUCACACAAACAAGUUCACGGUAGCAUUCCAAACCCUGGUUGACUCGUACGGUGUUGCUAGCUACAGGGAGGUCAAUCCAGCUCCAUUCACGAUCAUCUCUUUCCCAUUCCUGUUCGCUGUGAUGUUUGGAGACACUGGACAUGCCAUGUUGAUGCUGGCUUUUGGUGGUUGGAUGGUCAUCAAGGAAAAAUCCUUAUUGGCUCAAAAGAGUACAAAUGAGAUCUGGAACACAUUUUUUGGUGGUCGUUACAUCAUCCUGCUAAUGGCACUAUUCUCCCUCUACACUGGCUUGAUAUACAACGACUUCUAUUCCAAAUCUGUUAACCUGUUCGGUUCAGCUUGGCAUUCCAAUUAUACUGAACAUGAAAUCCAUAGCCAUAAACAACUGCAGAUGUGCCCUAACAGUGGUCCAUGCAUUGGACCAGAUCAUGAGGAAAUCCCAUCGAAUUACAGAGGCUACCCUUACCCAUUCGGAUUGGAUCCUAUAUGGAUGAUCUCAGUUAACACGAUAACUUACACAAAUUCAUUCAAGAUGAAGAUGUCAGUUAUUAUUGGAGUCUGUCAGAUGUUGUUUGGAGUCUUUCUGAGCAUAUUUAAUCAUAGGUUUUUCAAGGAGCCGAUGAACAUAUUUGCCAAGUUCAUACCUGAGCUGGUGUUCCUGAAUGCCAUUUUCGGCUACUUGUGCGUUCUGAUCAUUGCCAAGUGGAUAUCGUGGGGAGGCGACAAUGCAGCCUGCGCUCCCAGCAUCCUGCUUGGCCUCAUCAACAUGUUCCUUUUCAAGUAUGACAGUGAAGAGAACGAUUCGUGCGAGAGCAUGUUUGCUGGACAGCAAGGACUUCAGGUUGUGCUGGUGUUGGUUGCAGUUAUCAGUGCCAUCUGCCUGCUUCUACUCAAGCCCCUACUGAUGCUCUACAGACACAGGCUGAAGCACCCUCAGGUUGCACGGUUGGACGCUGGCGGACAUUCAGACCCCUACGGUGAGGACCAUGCUGAUGGGGUCGAACACCACGAUACACAGCCGCUGCCUUCUGCUGGCGGCGCCAGUAACGAAGAGGAGGAGUUUGACUUCGGAGAGUUGUUUGUGCAUCAGUGCAUCCACACUAUUGAGUUCUGCCUGGGAUGUGUGUCCCACACUGCAUCCUACCUUCGACUCUGGGCCCUCAGUCUGGCCCACGGACAACUGUCUGAGGUACUGUGGUCGAUGGUUCUGCGCAAUGGCUUCGCAAUAAACGGCAUGGUGGGCAGCAUCGUUCUGUUUGCUGUCUUCGCUCCCUGGCUGAUGCUAACUAUCGGCAUAUUGCUCGUGAUGGAGGGCCUGUCAGCGUUCCUGCACACUCUCCGUCUGCACUGGGUGGAGUUCCAGUCAAAAUUCUAUGUCGGAUCCGGCUACCCAUUUACCCCGUUCUCGUUUGAGAUCAUCUUGGACCAGGCUGAGGCGUCUGACCACGAAGUGCACUAAGCGUGCAAGCCGUCGCGCUGACAACAGCACCCUGCUAACACGUUUCACUCACAGUUUCUAUAGCCUGAAUCUCGUGUGAUGUCUAUCUAUGAUAACUGCAUGCAAUCGCGUUUCACAGAGGCGUCUGCCCAUGAAGUGAUGUAGUUGUUGUUGCAGUUUGAAGUGCAUAGUGAGUCUUGAAGACAUCUCUGUUGAAGUUAUCAUAUCUUCGAUAGAUUGCAGUAUUUUUUUCUUAGGUGAAUCUCAAAACCUUACCUAACCCUUUUUGCGAUGUAAUCAUUAUCAGAGCAGACUUCAACGUACUAGCGUCUCACUGUAAUAUGAUUUUUCUUUGAUGAAGUUAAAAAAGCAGGUUAGCUUAUUGCAUUGUCUUCUCAAGAAAUAUUGUUGUUUGCAAAUUUGAGAGUGCUUAUGAAAAUACCUAGCAUUUCUGUAGCGAUUUCUCGUUUAGUGCUACCAGAUAAUUAUUAUACUCCAUCAACUGGUUUUAUUUUUACAGAGAAUAGUUAUUGUGAGUGAAAUCUGUUAGUCCAUGCUUCCACUAGCAUAUUAACUAACUGAUGGUAUUUCUGUAAUAGUAUAUCAGAGAGUCCCCAAGUUAUAAAGCUAUUUUAUUCGGAAAUUUCGCUUCUAAGUUCAGUUUUUGGUAUGAAUAUCAAUCAAUUGCCAUUCAGCAUAUUAUUUCGAUAUGCAUGUUGUCUUGUGUGCUUUUGUGAGAGAGUUUGGUCAUGUCUUUCUCACCAGAAGAGCAAAAGUCUCCCCCGGAUGAGUAGAAAAGCUGAUAGUGAUUGACAGCUUUAUAUAUACGUUAUAUAUGUGCAUCAGCCCCUUGUGGGAGAUGUUUGCCUCAUGGACGUUUGUCAUUAGUUUGUAUCUAAUGAAGCUGGUAAUAUUGUGAAUGUGUAAUGAAUAAUUAUAUAAAACAAUACCUACGUAACCGCCAGACAGUGAAUAAAUAGUACAGCACAACUCUUACACAUCGCUGCCGCCACACCUAGUUAUGCUGUUCCACUGUCAGCACUCAUUACUGUAGCGAUUGUUCAUAACUUGGGGACACCUGAUUGGGUAUUAGUAUACGACUCUACUGGCUGAUGUGUGUAGUAUGUUAUGGUGCGACGUUAUCGCAUCAUUGAGAGUGUGAAUCCAAGCAAUCGACUGAAACGAUCAUGAAGCCAAGCUAAUUUAUUGUGCAUAAUUAACCCAACUAAUGAUCUAGUCAUGCUGUAAUACGGUAUGCCAUCUGCUAGGUCCCGUCUCGCUGCCAGUGCUGCGUUAUUUAUCGUGUAGCUUGCAUGCCCAGCUUUGUAGGAAAAGCGUAUAUUCGUAACAUACUUAGAAUCUCUUUUUUUCCAUGUACCCUCUAUCCACGGAGGCUGGCUUCUUGCCGCUUAUCUACAAAUUUAAACCUAUUUCCAACGUAUUAGCUUGACAACGUAUUCUGCUCAUAACGUUCCCCACUACCUGCGCUAGCAGAUGCUAUAUAGUAUACUGUCAUAUAGUGGCAGAAUUAAACCUAUAGACCUUGCAGGUUGAUAUGGUUUUGCUUUUGUCAGACUUGAAUGGGUGGGUUGUCAGAAGGUGUUAACCAAGGGCCCAUUAUCAGAAACAUCGCAUGCAGUUAUGAUUAUUAUGAAUGUAAAAUGUUACAUGUAACAUUUGCGCAACAUUUCGUUUCAAAACUUGUGGCAUUUUAAACUUGCUCGUGACUAUUUUGAACACCUUAAGCUGCGUUUACACUAUCGAUUUUUGUCAGCAAAUCGUACCGAUUUCAAGUGCAUUCCAACACAAUCGGCUGAAAUUCGAUUGUAUUGGAGUCGGGAGUCGGGAGUCGGGCCGAGUUGGUUCUAUUUCUCCAACUCGGCGACUUGACUCCGACUCCGACUCCAAUACAAUCGAAUUUCUUGGAAUGCACUUUGGUCAAGUCGGGGGCAAGUUGGAAUGCACUUGAAAUCGGGACGAUUUGCUGACAAAAAUGUAUAGUGUAAACGCAGCUUUAUGAUGAUGUCAUUAAUAACUUGGGAUGUUUCUGUGAACGGGCUCCUGAAUAACUAGUAGUUAACAGUAACUGGAGACACAACUAGAAAGUUUCUAAAUGCCGUACGGUAGACUCAAUUCGAUGCCUCCUCGGAGUACUACGUUUUAGUUCAGAAAAUAUUCGUUCAGCCCCCUAUUUAGUUCAUUUACCACUAGCGCGAUGCUAUCAACAUAGUUUCUGUCUAAACCGUUUGCGAAUUAUUCAAUGUUUAGUAAGGAACCGCGAGACUGCUGUCUUAGUUCACCCUCGGCGCAAGAGCACCGACUGUAUCGUCGAUGUGUGCAGUAAACUGUUGUGCAUUCGUGUUUGUGUUUACCUCCCAGCGAAGGUAAUUAUGACAGCGUUGAUGUUAGUGGCCAAAAAGCAGAAAUGAAUAAAAACAUUCCUCGUCGUGUCGGCAUGAA